AUGUCUGGCUACUCCACAAUGCCAGACAAACCGCCGGCUACGAUAGAGAGGUUAGGGAGAGAACGACCUCCCGCCUUCUCAAGCAUCUGGUCUGAGUUGGCCUUUUGCUUUUCCAUCAUUAUGUGUCAAGUCCUGGCAGAAUACUACAUUUCCGGCUCCAAUGUCCUUCUUCCAACGCUCCUUGACGAGCUAGAUAUCUCCUCAGCACUGUCAAUCUGGCCGUCCACCGCUCUCUCCCUCGCGGUGACUUCUACCCUCCUCAUCUAUGGCCGCCUCGCGGACAUGUACGGCGGGUUCAUUAUGUACUUUGGGGGAAUGGUGUGGCUGACCAUCACCUCCCUCAUUGCCGGACUCUCUCGAAACUGGAUGAUGUUCAUCAUGAUUCUCGGAAAGGUCUAUCGCCCUGGGCCGCGCAAGAACCUUGUCUUCAGUGUUUAUGGCGCCUGCGCAGCGCUGGGUUUCUUCGCUGGGAUUUUCUUCUCGGGUCUGGCAGGCAGCUUCCUCACUUGGCGCUGGUACUUCUAUAUCGGCUCGAUACUGUCUGCCAUCACGGCUCUUUCGUCGUUCUUCUCCAUCCCAAAUGAUUAUUCCGCCACGAGAGCGUCAUCAAAGGCUUCAAUGGACUGGAUCGGGGCCUUAUUGCUUAUUCCCGGGGUUGUACUAUUUGUCUUUGCGAUCGCGGAUAGCGCGCACGCGCCGCAGCAGUGGCGAACACCGUACAUCCUCGUCUGUCUCAUCCUAGGCGCUGUCAUCUUAGGUGCCUUCGUCUACGUGGAGGGCUGGGUGGCCGAUAAGCCUUUGCUGCCCGGAGAUUUGUUUUCCGUCAAGUACAUGAAGCCGAUCGUGAUCUGUCUACUGCUCAUGUACGGCAGCCUGGGAAUUUUCCUUCUCUAUGCUGCUCUCUACAUGGAAGGUAUAAUGGGCGCAACCCCACUCCAAGUCGUCGCCUGGACGACCCCCAUGGCCGUGGGCGGCCUGAUAAUCUCGAUAGUCGGGGGCCACAUCCUCCAUAGUUUGAGCGGAACUCUUCUCAUGAUACUUUCAGGCCUGGGCUACUUAGGCUCAGGCCUUCUCUUUGCGGUGAUCCCCAGGGGAGGCAACUACUGGGCUUUCGUGUUUCCGGCCAUGAUCUGCGGGACGAUCGGCAUUGACAUCAGCUUCAAUGUGACCAAUAUCUACAUCACGACGAAUAUGCCCGGGGAGCGCCAGGGGCUGGCGGGGGCGUUGAUCAACUGCACCCUGCACAUGGGCAUCGCCGUCAUGUUAGCCUUCGCGGACCUCAUCCAAGUCUACACGGAGCAGUACCUGGACACAAAAGAGAGCUACCAGGCUAUCUUUUGGUUCCAGGUUGGGCUGUCAGGGUUAGCAUUGAUCUUGAUCGCGCUGUUCGUCAGGAUUGAGCGCGCCAAGAGUGACCUGACGGUUGAUGAGAAGCGGAGGUUGCAGAUGGAGCAGGAGGGUAUUUUAGAGGAUCCUUAAUCUCGUUGACUGAUCAUGUAUCGUCCCUGUAUAUAAUGAUUCGAUAAAGCAUUUCGACAACAAAUCUCUGGCAGGGCGGUGAGGAACAAAGGAUUUACUGGGAUAGAGAUAGAAAAUGACAGAGACUAGACCACGCAAGAAAUGCACAAUAACGAACG